UUAUAUCGAUGGCUUAGAAGUGAAACCUCGUAAGUCGUAAUUUUCCUCAAUUGUGAUAUGGAUGUGUUAAUUUGUAGAAAAAUCAGCUGCUUCGAACUAGAUUAACCUCGUAAAUCAGAAAAAUUAUUUAGUCUGAAAAAUAAGCAAUCUAAAAAUACCUCGUAUGUGAGGUAUCAAGAAGGCACUGCAAAUGAAUGGAGUAACCUCGUAAGUAACAGAGAUCCUGUAUGAAUCUAAUGGUGCAGUCUGUGUCUUGAUGUAGCUGUCUGGUUUUCGUUACAUUUCUAGCCUAUUCAAUCAGAAAAUAUGGAUCCUCUUGAAACCAGCCAACAGAAUCUGAUGGGUGUAGACCUGGAUGAUGAUGGAUGGAUCGAUGAUUGGAUGAGUGAUCUACAUAAUUGCCCUUCUGCUCAAAUAGAAUUAACUGAGAAUGGAACUUCAAGAGCAUCUUUAAUUCCACACAAUUGCAGCUCAAGCCCACACAAAACUUGUGAAAACGUCACUGAGGAAACAUGCAUAAGAGAAGAUGAAACUGCCUAUUAUAAAAUUGUUGACAGUGAAGAUAUCUCAUCAUGGAUGCUACUACUUUUCUGCCAGUCAAUCCUGAAAUAGAAGCUGACAGACCUUCAAGAACAGCUUCAACCCCAACAAUGACUACUUGUACAAGUAAUUUAGAUGAAGAAAACAGUCGUGAUUGUAACUUUUUGGAAUCUUGUAGUUCUAUUGAAAUUGAACACAGUUACAGUUCAAGUCCAAACAAAACUUGUAAAAAUAAUAACAUCGACAUCAUGGAAGAGAUUAUGAAAGAGCCUGGAACUGGAAAUUGCCAAAUUGUGAUUAAUAAAAAUAAUGAUGUCAUCGUGGAAGAAAGUAUAAAAGAAUCUGAAACUGCCUGUGACCAAAUUUCUUCAUUUCUGCCUCAAGAAACCAAUAUUAAUCUAUGUGAUGAAGAAUAUGGAAGUAAUGAUGAAGCAGCUGCAGAUGAUCCAGAUUAUGUUGUAUCAGAACAAAGCUCUUUAGAUGACAUCAUUGAUGUGAAUCAAGAAGAAUUAAUUGAAAAUAAUGCUUUGGGUAGGUUCAUCAAUAAAAGAAAUAGAAAAGGCCAAGCAAAACGUGAAGAGUGGUUUGAUUCCAAAAAUAAAAAGCUCCGUGAACAAGGGAAACAAUACACUGGAUGGAAAAAAGAAGAAAGUGGGAAAAGUAAAAGAGGAAAAGAGAGAAAAUCAAGAAAAUUAGGACCAAGAUGCCAAGGUAGGGGAUGUCAAAGAUCUGGGAGAACCUGUAAUGAAGUUUCAAAUGAUGAGAGAGAAACUAUUUUCAGAGACUUCUGGACAAAUUUAUCUUGGGGUCAGAAAAAGACCUAUAUUGCCUCAUUGGUGAGCUGUGGAAUGAAGAAGAGUGUCAAGAAUCCAGGAGCAGCUUCAAGGCGGAAGUCAACAUUAACAUACACUGUUAAAACCACAAAUGGUGUAGUUCAUAAAGUUUGUAAACCCUUUUUCUUAAAUACCUUCGCUUUAGGGGAGUGGACAGUCAAGAAUUGGGCAGCAGAUUCCACCAAUGCUGCUCAAGGGCAUGCAAUCACACCUGCAAAAGUAGCUAGACCAAGAAGAGGGCUUGGUGAGAAUAACCCAAGAGCUGCAGCAAAGCUGAAUGAAUUUUUGGACAACAUGCCCAAACUACCAGCUCACUAUUGUAGGAGGGACUCUUCAAAGCUGUAUAUUGAGCCAGUAUUUGGAAACCGAAUGGCAGAUGUCUAUGCAGAAUAUAAAAGGCAGUGUGAAAAUGAUGAAGAACCAAUAAAACCGUUGUCCACAUGCACAUUUUACAAGAUAAUCCAUAGCAAAAAACUAUCAUUUCAGCAGCCAAAAAAAGACAGAUGUGACUUUUGUGUUGCAAAAGAUGCUGGACUAAUCAGUGAAGAAGAUUACAUUGAACAUGUUAAAUUGAAAGAUAGGGCCAGACAAGAAAAAGCUGAUGACAAGCUGAAAGCUGAUGAAGGUUCUCUAUUUGUCAUUAGCCAAGAUGUCCAAGCAGUGAAGGUGUGUCCAAGUUUAAAUGCAUCAGCUCUAUACUUCAAAACAAAAUUAGUCUGUCACAAUUUUUCAAUUUAUGAGAUGAAGUCUCAUUUUGCAAAAUCAUUUUGGUUCAAUGAGACACAAGCUGACUUAUCAGCAUCAACCUUUGCCAGCUGUGUAAUAGACUUUUUAGAGAAUCGGUGGAAUAAAGAUGAGAAGACUCCUAUUGUUAUUUGGAGUGAUGGUUGCACUAGCCAAAAUAGAAAUGUGAUAAUGGCAAAUGCUCUGUUAUCUUUCAGCAAGGAACAUGAUGUUGAAAUACAACAAAAGUUUUUGGAAAAAGGCCAUACUCAGAUGGAAGUGGACUCAAUACAUGCCAUGAUUGAAAACAAAAUCAACAAUCAGCCAAUCCACUUACCAAGUGACUAUAUAAGGCUGGCAGCAUGUGCCAGAUCAAAUCCAAGCCCUAUUGAACAAAAGGAACUCACCUACGACUUUGUGAAAAACUUUGCUAAGGCAGACCUAUUGAUGUAUGAUAGUAUUAGACCUGGUAGAAAACCAGGUGAUCCUGUGGUGACAGAUAUAAGAGUGAUUCGCUACAAAGAUGGUGAGAUUUCAGUCAAAACAAAAUCAUUUGAUAAUGAAUUUCUUGCUAUUCCUCAAAGAAAACGGAGGAACACUGUUGCUAAAUUAGCUCAAUUCAAACAACUACACAAAGAACCACUAAAAAUAACAAAAACUAAAUGGACCCACUUGCAGCAACUUAAAUCAGUGAUACCUACAGACUGCCAUCCAUUCUAUGAUACUAUAGCUUAUGAAUAAAUUAGAUAAGGGCUUUCAUCUUUGAAAUUUUAUUUUGAUAAGUUUUUUUUACUGAUAAUGGCAUGUAUGGAGUCCACUUCCAUCUGAAUUGUUGGCCCUAUCUAUGACUUAUUUACUAUUAUUUCUAUUUUUAUUACUUGUUACUAUAAUAUUAAUUAAUAAUAGACAUACUUCAUUUGACAUUGAUGACAUGCUCUCUUUUUCAUUUUAAUUCGAUUUUUUGCAAGAAUUCAUUAAUUUUGGUUAUUGUAUGAGGCCUAUAAAUAACCACCAUUAAAGUCUGCUGAAGUUUUGUUUUGUCCAAUCAUGAAACAAGCAUUUUACUUUGAGGUUUUGUAUUGAAAAUUUUUAUGUAAAUGACUAUGUAUUACUUGGCGCUUUAGUAUUUAAUAUCUUAGUAUGAAUGACCAUGUAUUAGUAUAAAUGACCAUUGGUGUACUUAUAUUGACAUGAAUUCUCUUUUAUUUUUAAUUAUUUUUUUGAAAUGAUAUGCUCAUUAAAUUUGGUUAUUGUUUGAGGCCACCGUUGAAGCCUGCUGAGGAUUAGUUUUGUGUUGUCCAACCAUAAAGCUUGCAUUGUAUGAUUUUUACUUGGAAGUUUAGUAUUCAAUGUCUAAGUAUAAAUGAUGAGCAUGUAUAACUUCAGACUUAUAACUUUUAUUUUAUAAUAAUUUGAGAUACUGUGCUUCCUUUUAUAUGGACAUGCUUUCUUCUUUUAUUUUCAUUGCAAUAAUGUGUUCAUCAACUCAUGUUACUGUAUGAGGCCUAUAAAUACCAUUGAUGCCUGCUAAGGUUUAGCUAUGUGUUAUCCAAUCAUGUAACCAUGCUUUGAUGAUUUAUUUUUAUUGAAAGUUAGGAUCCAAUAGCCUAAUAUAAAUGUCAAUGUAACUUUGUACUGAAAAUAUUGUCUAAUAAUAAUAAUGAUUGACAAACUUUAUAUUUUCAUACAUUUUUAUCACCAUAGCUAUAAGUUAAUAACAACCCGAUGUAUUAAUAUUGCAGCUUCAUGUACUUAAUCUGUUUAUAGAUAGAUUUCGAAUAAAAAUUUUGAGAUCCAAUAAAAUUGUGCUUCAUUAUUAUAAAUAGUACCAUUUACAUUAUUCUAUAAUGGUCAACAACAAUGUUUUAAGUUGAAUUGUGAUUCCUUGUAACUAAAGCCAGAUGAAAAGUGAAAACUUGUAAGACCUCGUAAGUCGUCAUUUUCAAGAUGUGUUACCUCGUAAGUCAUCUAGAUAAUAUAUACACCCACAAAAUCAAUAUCAAACAUUAUAACUUAAUACUGUGAUGAGCUUAUGUAAGUUUAAAAUGAAAAUAUAAACGUUCAAUCAAUAAAUG